CGGUGGCCGAAGCGAUUGGACUACGCGAGUCUUUCGCAGCCUUUCUGUGGAAUUUGAAUUAUUUUCCUCGGAGGGGGCCGACGCGUGAGGCUCCGCGGCGGGGAGGGGGCGGAAUUUGUGACGGCAUUACCGUCUUGCGCUGCCUCGUCGUUGCAGGGAGCUCCGCGAUGAACAAGCUACGGCAGAGCUUCCGGCGGAAGAAGGACAUCUACGUACCCGAGUCCAGCAGGCCGCACCAGUGGCAGACAGAUGAGGAGGCGGUCCGCAGCGGGAAAUGCAGCUUUGCAGUCAAGUACUUGGGACACGUGGAGGUGGAAGAGUCGCGAGGCAUGCACAUCUGCGAGGACGCAGUCAAGCGGCUGAAGACGGACAGGAAAUUCUUCAAAGGAUUCUUUUCCAAAGCUGGGAAGAAGGCAGUGCGCGCAGUGCUUUGGGUGUCAGCAGACGGUCUCCGUGUGGUUGACGACAAAACUAAGGACUUGAUACUAGACCAGACGAUUGAGAAGGUGUCAUUUUGUGCGCCGGACCGGAACUUCGAGAGAGCAUUUUCGUACAUCUGCAGGGACGGGACGACGCGGCGCUGGAUAUGCCACUGCUUCAUGGCCAUCAAAGACUCGGGAGAGCGGCUCAGUCAUGCCGUGGGCUGCGCCUUCGCCGCUUGCCUGGAGCGCAAGCAAAAGCGGGAGAAAGAGUGCGGCGUCACGGCCACAUUUGACGCCAACAGAACCACCUUUACCCGCGAGGGCUCCUUCCGUGUCACCACUGCCACGGAGGCAGCUGAGCGGGAGGAAGUCAUGAGGCAGCUGCAGGACUCUAAAAAAGCAGAGAAUGACGCAACGGUGGCGGGGAACUCCUCUGGCGGUGGCGGCGUGAUAAACGUGUCUGCCAUUCAGUCGGGUGGCUCACCAUCGCCCUCGUCCUCGCCGCCACUGCCCCUGGGCACCCUGGGCCCGCAGGCCAUACCGCGCCGACACGCCCCUGCCGAGGCGCUGGCGAGGCAGGGCUCCUUCCGCGGCUUCCCGGCACUCAGCCAGAAGACGUCACCCUUCAAGCGCCAGCUGUCGUUGCGCAUGAACGAACUGCCUUCCACUGUACAGCGCAAGUCCGACUUCCCAAUCAGGAAUGCGGUGCCGGAGUUGGAAGGAGAGAAUGACAGCAUAAGCUCGUUGUGCAGCCAGAUUACCACAGCGUUUAGCGGACCUCCAGAAGACCCCUUUUCCUCAGCGCCUAUGCCCAAAGCUCUCGCCUCGCCGCAGUCGCCUGUUGCGCCAGUCAAUGGCUCUGCUGCUACCGCCACCGCUUCCUUUUCUGCGUCGCAUCCUCACUCUCUCCCCCCUCCCCACCUUCCCACGGCCGCUGCUGUUAACCCUCCAGCUCCGAGCUCAACAUCGUUGGCCCCCGCUCUGCCUGCCCGAGACACUAACCCCUGGGCCAAACCCUCUGUUGGGGUGCCAAGCCCUGCAGCGCCAGCGGGUGGUGAUUGGUCAUCGUCCACUCCCGUGAUCAUUGUCCCGCCAUCGUCUUCUCCAGUGUUGCCCUCACACAAGCGCACGCCCUCGGAAGCGGAAAAAUGGUUGGAGGAGGUUUCCAAGUCUGUCCGUGCACCGCCGCCCAACCCUAUCCUGGCGCCAGCCGCGUCGUUUGCUGCGCCUGUGGCGCCUGUACCCCCGGUGGCAUACGUUCCCUUGCUGCGCCCCCACCAGACUGCUUUCCACCCCAUGUCCAACGGGCUGUCCUUCCCACAGCCCAGCGUGCCCGUAGUGGGCAUCACACCCUCGCAGAUGGUGGCCAACGUCUUCGGCUCGGCGGCACAACCCCUGCCUGUUCCUGUCCCCACGCCGCCGUGCGUCGUCGUCCCUGGGUGCUUCAUCAAGCCGCCAUCCGCUGCCCCUUGCCCCGCCCCAGCACACCCUCCCGACGGCGGAGGGAGCUUCAAUGGGGCAACUGAUUGGGCCGCUUCAACCCACUUGGCCCCCCACUCCUCACCUGUUCCCGCCGUACCGCGGCAGCCGCAGGAGGAUGCCUUUGAGGCCCAGUGGGCGGCGUUGGAGGGGCGCUCACACCAGCGCACGACACCGUCACCCACCAACCCCUUCUCCACAGAAUUGCACAAGACCUUUGAGAUUCAGCUCUGAUGACUGUGCCUGUAGAAGGGACGAUCUCCGUGUUGGAGGGUGACGGGGGGACGGUGGUCUUGGGUGGCGGUGGCCGCCAGUGGUGUCAGCAGAGAACCACAAAAAAAGUGCUGCUGGUCUUUACAAGUUUCAUCAGCAUUCUCUGUGCUUGUUUGGUCGUCCUGUGGAACUCCGCUACUGCUCCCACUGUCGCCACGCCCUGCUAGCCGCUUCAGCCCCUUUAUGCCCCCCACCAUCACCCAGCUGGAUUAAUUAAGCAAGACAAUGCCAAAAUGUUUAUUUUUAUGCAUUAUAUUUUAAAUAGCUUUGGAUUCCAACUGUCAUCCUGCCAAAGGCAUCGUUGUGACAAAUGAGCGUAUAUAUGUAUAUUAUACAUAUACAUAAAUAUAUAAGUAUAUCUAUAAAGAAUCUCACACAGCAGUGCUAAUUUUUAUUGGGAUGUUAAGACAUUUUGUGAAGGGACAGCUGCUUUACAUUUUUUUGACAUGUGUCUUUAAUUUUAAUCGUUUGGUGAUUGAUUGUAAAUAAGACAUGCUAAGUCAUUGCAGCAACAAUCAGUAAUGACCUAUCGACAGCAGCAGCAACCAACAGCGGGCUCACUUUUUAAUCCUUUAGUAUGUUUUUUUUGGGGGGGGGGGGGGGGGGUAUUAUAAUUUCGGGACGUGUCGUCACUCCUGUAUCAUGUAUAAUUUUUCCAAAUAUAGUGGAUUCCUCAUAUUUUGUUUUUGCACAAACCCCAAUAUUGUGAUGAUUGGAACACCUCCAUCAACCCGCUGCUCAAGACCUACUGGGAGACGACGACAAACCUAAACAAACGCUUAACUUCUUGCUGUCUGUCGUGGUUUAUUUUAUUUUGAAAUCAAAACCUGUGAAUAUGAUCUUUUUGCUGAUCUAUUUUUCCAUUUUGUAAUUAUUUCACAACUUUAUUCCACUUAACUGGAGAAAUAUUGAAUAAAUGAUGGUGGUAGAGGAAAAACGCUGUGUCAGUGUAAUGGUAUGUCCAUAUGUUCCUGGGUAAAUAAGUUUCUUUAACAAUUUAAAAGUCCAAAAUAAAACGAAUGCACACAAUACAUAGGAAAAUGAAUAAAAUACACAGGCAUUCGUAUAUAUGGUUAAAAUACAUGCACAUGUUGGCUCUCAUAUAGUAUAGCCAAAACUGGGCAAAUAUCUUGCAUCGCUUAGGGUCCAUCAAAGACCUUGUGAUGUCAAUUUUAAACUGUCAUACUGGACAUAAAUUACAUCAAAUUAUAAAGAUGUGCUCGUAAAGGAGUGCUAUUUAGUGCAAUAGAUUUGAAAUGGGAGGAUUGUCAGUAAAUGAUCUCGUGAUAGAGCAUGGGCGUCCAAACUAUGGCCCAAACCAAGGGUUUUUGGCUGUCGGCAAAUUAUGAAAAAAAAUCAUGGAAUAAUGUCUGCACAAGAAGCUUAAAAUCAGCCUAAAUUCUGCUGCACCUCUCAGCUUUAACACUAGAUAGAGACGGUCAGUUAAACAGUUCCCUGUAUGAGCUAAGGU